AGCAUCCAAAGAAACUGUCAACAAUUUUUCCCAUUAACAAGCAGUAGAACGCUUCAGGUGAUAUGCGUCUCCUAGUUUUGCACAUUCUUGUGCAGAUAAGCGAAAAGCUGAUGGGUUUGGCUUCCCUUUCCACCUUGCUCCUCCUCCUCCUCUCCUUGGUUCCCUUAUGCACAUCUAGUGACCGGCUAGCACCCGCAAAGCCACUGAUAUUCCCCGACAGGAUGGUCUCCAGCAAUGGCGUCUUCGCUAUGGGCUUCUUCUCUCCGACCAAUAACUCAUCAAUCUCGCGCUUCUACAUCGGCAUAUGGUACAACAAUGUCCCCGAGAGAACGGUGGUGUGGGUCGCCAACCGUGACGAUCCCAUCACCGCCACCCCUCCACCAUCCACGACUCUCGCGGUGACAAACCUGUCCGGCCUCGUCCUGUCGGACACCACCAGCGGCCGCAUCUACUGGAGCACGAGGAACGUCGUGGCAGGAGGGGCCAGCAGCGCCGUGCUGCUCAACGAGGGGAACCUGAUCCUCCGGUCCACGAACGGCACCGUCCUGUGGCAGAGCUUCGACCACCCGACCGACACCAUCCUCCCCGGGAUGCCGUUCCGGGUAAACUACCGGACACGCCUCACCGGGCGGCUGGUCUCCUGGAAGGGCCCCGAGGACCCGGCCACCGGCGAUUUCUCCCUGAGCGGGGACUUCAGCUCGGGCCUCCAGUACUUCAUGUGGCGCGGGCCCAACCUGACCUGGCGCAGUUUGCCGUGGAACGGCGGGACGACGUCCGCGUACAAGCCGAUCGGCGACUCCAGCGCGCCCGUGAUCUUGACGAUGAUCAUGGCGGAUGGGGACGAGAUCGCCCUCACAUACACCCUCUCCGACGGGUCCUCAGGCCUGCGCGCCAGGAUGUCCUACACAGGCGAGUACGAGUUCACUCUGCUGAACGGCGACGCGUCGGCGUGGACGCUCCUGAACGCGUACCCUGGCCCCGGAUGCAGCCGGUACGCUUCCUGCGGCUCCUACGGCUACUGCGACGGCAUGGAGAUGGAGGCCAUCCGCCGGACAUGCAGGUGCCCGGAGGGGUUCGAGACCAAGGAGGCCAAGGGAAGCAGCAGCCCCUGGGCAGGGUGUGCGAGGAAGGAGCCGCUCAGAUGCGACACCGCGGCUGCGGACGGCGACCAGUUCGCGACCUUGACGGGCGUGAAGACGCCUGCGACGCCCGUGUUCGUCAGGAACCGGACCUUGGGCGGCUGCGAGCCUGCGAGGCGGAGUGCCGUGGCAACUGCUCGUGCACGGCCUACGCUUACGCCAACUUGACCGCUGCCCUAAGCGGGGGCGACUCGUCCAGGUGCCUGCUCUGGUUCGGGGAACUUGUUGACCUGGGCAAGUUCGUGGACAUUGUUGGCGAGAACCUUUAUGUACGGCUCGCCGGUUCGUCAUCGCCAGGUAGGUACUCACGCGCCGUUCCUUUCUUGGCUGCUACUGUCUCCUACUCAUCACAUGUUUGCAAACUUCAACGGAAGAAGUGGAUACCACUUAACAUCAGUUAUAUUUACUAACUGACACUACAUCAUAAAAGAAUUUUAGGGUGGGUAAAAAUAUAUUU